CAACGCGCCAGUGCGCAGGACGCGAGGCCAGGCGCGGAGCGGGGGACGGGAGCGGAGCUGCAGCAGCAGCAGCGGAAGCCGUUGUGCGAUCGAUCUCGUCGAGGAGUGGAUCGGCAGGGGAGCGUGCGGAGCAACGGGCGAGGAGCUCAAUUGAGCGAGCGAGGGAGGAAUUAGAAGGGGCCGGGGCCCGAGGGAGGCCAGUUUCUCCGUGUGCUUGCUGCUGCAGCAGCUGUGGUGCAAUUGCCUCUCGUCGAGGGCGCUCUGCACUGUCUUCUGCUGCUGCUGCUGCUGCUGCGGGCGUCUUUAGGGCGGGAAGACGAUGUUAUGACGUUCCGGUUGGAGGGGAGCCGGAAUUCUCAUUGCAGGAAACGCGAGCCGCGGGGGCCGAGGAGGUGUGUGUUGGUGGUGGUGGUGGUGGUGGUCUGAGAAUGGUGGUUCUUCGUGGUGGUCUGGGCAAGUUCCGCUGUGGUUCUCGACGUCCUUCCCACACUGUUUCUAGUCUUGUCAGUUCUUCUUCUUCGUAGUCGGGAGCCCGGAUUCGCACCCAGUCGUUCAUCUCUGCUUUAGUUUUAGCUUAUAGGUUCAGGUUCAACUUUCGCGUUGAAUAUUCGCUUUUCAAUCAUCGCGUUGAAGGAGAUGGGGCAGAGACGGUAGAUUUUUGGGAGCGGAGUUCGGGAGUUCGAAAGUGACGGGUGAAACCGAAGUGGUGAAAGGUCUCAGAUGAAUUCCAGGUGGGGCGAGCUACUCUGUGCCUGAGAGGAAGCUUGUAGGAAAUGUUGAGAUGUGAUCAACCACGAGACAGAGGGAGGAAAACACCGAUCUGAAAUUUCAAGCAACGUAUCGGUUCAGUUGGAACCUGGAGCUCUCAGUAGUCUAGGGGAGGAGAUGAACUGAGUUUUCUGACACGGUUCUUUUCAAGCAAACGCAUACGUUUGAAUUACAGUCAGUGGAGGGAACAGUACAGACUUGAAUGAGGAUUAGACAUCCAAGAUGUUCAAAUCCUUGAAAAGAAGUGGGGAAAAGGUCAAAGAACGGGUGGAUUUCAAGCUCAGUUUUCACGCGUCAAGGAUUCCACUCGCCGGAUGGGACAAACUUGUUGUUUCCGUGAUUCCUCUAGAGACGAGAAGGGUCAGCUAUAAAACCAAUAGAGCUGCCUGUAAGAAUGGGAGUUGCCAUUGGACCGAUAAUGUCAUAGAAACUACGAAGCUAUUAAAGGAUACGAAGACCCACGAGUAUGAGGAGAAGCCGUACAAGUUCAUUGUAUCCACGGGAUCAUCACGGUCUGGUGUUUUGGGUGAGGCAGUUGUGAAUGUUGCCGAAUACACACAGUCCAAUAAUCCAUCUCAGAUAUCGUUGACACUUAAAAACUGUAAUUACGGUAGCAUUUUACAUGUUACAAUUACUUGUUUAACCCCGCGCUUAGAUGGAGGGCUUGAAAGAGCCCGAGCGCCGGAGGUGAACGAGUUAGUGAUAGAAGAUGGGGAAGAUGUCAGCGGGUCUGAUGAGGACGAUAUGGAGGAUUCAGACCAAUCUGGUAAUAUUACCACCGGGAGUGCUACUUCCAACAACAGCGCCCCAACAUCCAAACAGCGGAGUUCCUUUUCGAAGGAUAAAUCAGGUGCGAGACUAAGCAUCGAUCCUUUGGAGCCUUCCACUCCAAAACAGAAUGGAAACGGUCGCGCGUUUUCUUCUGAUAAUGUGUCGUCUCCAACAAGUUCACUGAACAGUUCGGGUCGACAUGACAAAGAGCGCGAUAGAGCUGCUGGUAGAACGUUGACAAGUCAAGACUCCAACAACUCGAGCACGUCUCUUCCUCCAGCAUAUGGUAGAGGAUCUUCCCACGCAAAUGGCACAGCCUCCGGGACGACGGUGCCACAUAGCACACGAUCGAACAAUGACAGAGAUUGGGCAACACAGAGAUCUUUUGGCUCACGUGCAGCAUCCGAAAAUGGGUCCAGAGCUGGCUCACAACGCGACUUGGGAGGAAGGGAGGCCUUGCAAGCGGAUUUAGCGGCUGCUGAGACAACCAUAGAAGAGUUGAGGACGGAGACUGUAUCGGCCCAAAUACUGAAUCGGAAGCUCACGAUGGAAGUUGAAAAUAUGAAGCAACUGCUGAAUACCCAUAAACGUCAUGGAGCUGAGAGUGAUAUGGAGAUGACCACGUUAAUCGCAGAACGGGAUAGGUUGAAGAUGGAGCUCGAGCAGAAGCGAUCAUCGAAGAUGGCCUUUGAAGAACGAGAGACUGGAGAAGGCAACGCCAGAUGGAAGGUAGAGGACGCUCAGCAAACGAUCCGUGAGUUGACCGACGAAGUGCGAUACCAGAAAGACUUGAAUGUCAGUCUGAGUGCGCAAGUGCGGAAGACACAAGAUUCCAAUCUGGAGCUGGUUCUUGCUAUCAAGGACGUGGAGGAAGCGCUAGAAGAAACCAGGUUAGAACUAGAAACCCUCAAGACUGCCAAGCACAAGCUUGAGGAGGAUCUCCAGCAGGAGCAGGAGUGGAAGGUGAAGUUCCACUCGCUGCAGGAAAAAAAUGCAGGAAAUACCCCGCCAUCGUCAAAGGAUGGUUACGAAGUGAGGAUUAAAGGACUCGAAAAAAUGGUGGAGAGGCUCACGCAAGACGUAGAGGACCUCGAAUUAGAAGUCAAAGAACUUACAAACGAGAAUAUGGAGUUGCGUGAGAAUUUGAUAUCCUCUACAAGAAUGGUUCCAGAUACUCAGCUCAAAGACAGCUCGCCUGCUGCUGACACAACAAGCUUAGAACUCCUGGUCGUGGAGCUAAAGAGCAAGCUCGCUGCUUCUGAGGACAACCAAAGAAGUAUGCUCGCACGCAAUGAGGCUUAUGUUGUUGACACGGAGCGAUCACUCGCAGAGUUGCUGUUGACUAACGAAAUUCUCCAACAGCAUCUCAAGGAAUCUCGAGAUGAGGCUGAACAGGCCCGCAGACAAGCGGAGGAUGCCAACUUACGUUCAGUCUCCCUCCAAAGUUCUGGCGAUAUGGCGAGUCGAUCCAAUGCGGAAUUAGAGCGCAGUUUGGCAGAUGUCAGGGCAGCUUUGGCGUCCCGUGAGCAAGAACUCGUUCUACUGGAAGAGAGUUCUUCGAGGGCGGAGGAGGAGCGGAGUACUGCCUUGGAGAAAGCUGCCGGCCUGGAAGAUGAAAUGAUGAGGCUGGAAGGCGAAAUUCGUACCAUAAUAGAUGGUAAAGCUUUGGCGGAGGACAGGUGUUCCAUCCUUCAAAGGGAGAAGGAAGAAUUGGUACACAGUUUAGAGGAAGCAAGAAACAAGGUUGAAGAAACCAAAGAUGUCUUUGGUCGCAGUGCUUCCCAACUUUCAAAAAUAAGAUCACUCGAAGAAGACAUCAUUGAACUAGACAGAAAAAAAUUGGAAUUAGAAAAGACUGUCCGGGAAGUAUUCGAGAAUGAGCUUCUUAGCAAAUCUCGAAUACAAGACCUGGAGCUAGAGGUCUCCGCUGGCAAAGAAGAAAUAAGUGCGCUGAACCUCGUAAUCCAUAACUUCGAUGAGCGCUUUUUAAAAUUGGAGAGAGAACUGUUUAACGCUGAUACCGAAAAGAGUGACCUGAGGAAACUCAUUGAAGCUGGGGAAGACAGGGAGAAACUUCUCAAAGACCAGGUGUCGACGCUACAAGAGGAGGUAUCGUUGACGAAGGGACGUCUAGAAGCUCUCUCUGCAUCAAGGCGGAGUCAAGAUUCACCAACGGCAAGGAAUGAUGGUAACCCUAGUUACUUUCAGAGAUCACUUUCGAGAUCCAACAGCAUGCUGAAUAGUUCGCCCUCUAGAGAAGCCAAGGAGCUACACGAGCUACGCGGAAAAGUCGCCGUGUUGGAGGGCCUGAUAAAAAAGAAGACGAUGGAUUUGGAUGCUGCGAAACGGGACUACAGCUCCAAGGAGUCCGAUCUUUACAACAAGAUUGAAUUACUACAGAUGGCCAAUGACCAGUUGAUUCAGGGUGGCCCUGAUUUGGGAAUGGACCAACUCCAAAUGGAGCUUCAAAGGCUACAAAAUCAAAAUUCAAUACUAGCUCGACGGGAACGCGAGCUUGUUUCUCAGCUCAGUACUCAAGAAGUGCUUCACAAGGAAGUUCAACGCCUUCAAGAGGAGAACGAGCAACUGGAAACUCGUUUCAACAGAUUCAAGGAAACGGCCAAGUUCGGAAAUCUCAUGGAUAAGGUUAUUGCCCUAGACAAUGAACUAUCCGAGCAGAUCGAAACGAAUGCAAUGUAUAAAGAGCAACUGCGAAGUGCAUUUGAAAAGCAACAAAACGUAGAAUCAGCUGCCUUGAACAAUUACGGAGGCGUGGAUGAAAUCAUUACCAACCUAGUCCGAUAUAAAGGGUAUUCAUCAAAACUGGAAGGAGACGUGAAAGAUUUAAGGGAGCGAUAUGCUACCAUGAGCUUAAGAUACGCCGAAGUGGAGGCGCAGCGGGAGGAGUUAGUAAUGACUGUUCGUAAUCUACGUAACGGGAAGAAUGGCAAGAAGGUGUAAGUGACUGAUAUGAAUUCUUUUGCCCAUGGCGAAGAUUGCGGAUUGUGCAAAGACAACAAUUCAGCUUAAAAGGUGAUAUGUACGACGCGUCAAGUCCAUAGACAACCGAAUUUGGAAAGUUGGAAACACCAACUCAGAAACGGAGAUAGUCGCUUUUCACGCAUUUCCUGCUCUGAUGAUUCGACAGUAUCUAAUACAUGGCGAUCAUAAAAGCUUUCAUGUGUGAGAUCAGAAGUGCUCCUUUUGAUCACUCAGUUUUUGGGUGAUCCUUCGUAGUGAGUCUUACAUUUUCUCUUGUUUACAAAAAUUUCAAGUGAAUCCCAUUUUUCUGUAAAGUUUUCGUAAAGAUUAGUGCUCUUUCCUUGUACGAGGUGGCAAAGUCUUCUGGAAUAUAAAUCUAUGUGUCAAUGACAAAACUUCAGAAAAUAGAUGAUUGGAUGCUAUCAUCAUUCUGAGUAAACAAAGAAGAAUUUAUGUGGGUCUUGUGUGCUAUGAAUGAAUAUGUAAAUUCGCACGAAUUGCUAUGCGAGCAGAGGCACAUCAUCAAAGUACUAAAAAGUUUCCAACUGC